CUUAGCUUGAAACAAAUCAUUAACAUGCCUCUCAAAUGACAACAAGCCAAGUACAAGCGGGAUACUGACAGAGACGGGACCUCUCUCGAAAGACUACUUAAUGCUCACUCGCUCUUCUCUCUCUUCCCACCAGCUCUUCCGCUUGUUCACUGCUGUGCCACCCACCUUGUUCACCUACAUUCUGACAUUGAUUGUCUUUUUUUUUUUGGUGUUGUCUCUUAUCUCUCGACUUCAUAACUCUUUCUCCCCGAUGCGAUCUUCCUUCUGUCUUGCUCUGCUAGUCAGCGCUUCUAUCGUCCUGGCUGCGCCGGUCCCCGACAACUCUGGAAACGCCUACACGGGCGUCGGAGGGCAAGCCUCUGGCGGAGACGUCUUCGCGCCCCACGGGUUAUUGAAUCUUGACGCCCUCAACUUCGGUUCCGGAAACGCAAUGGUGGCACUGCCAACGGAGGCUCCGUCUUCGCGCCCCAAUCCGGUCUGCUGAAUCUGAAAGCUCUCAACUUUGGAUUCGGAAAUGCUGGCAAUGGCGGAAGCGCCAACUCUGGCUCAGCUGUCGGGGGCUCAUCAGGCUGCUAGACUGCAUUUCACCAUCGCGUCGACGGCGCCGUUUUGUUGGACAUUUUCAUCUACAAUCUCGUUCACUUCAGACUUGGAUGCUUUGAUGCAUGCACUAUUUGGUUUCACAUGGAACACGACUAGUCGUCAAC